UGCAGAGCGGUUGCGGUGGUCCAGCAGUUUGCUGCCUGGUGGCUUGGCCAGCCUGACAUUCUGGCGACCGCCCCGCACCGAGAGAGUGUUCCGUGCGCCCGCGGCUCCAUGGCUGCGUCAGCCCGAGGCUCCAUCGACGUGAGUCUCGUGGUGGUAGUCCAUGGUGGCGGAGCCAGCAACAUCUCGGCCGACCGGAAAGAGCGGGUGCGCGAAGGCAUAGCCAAAGCAGCCACCGAGGGCUACAAAAUCCUCAAGGCCGGAGGGAGCGCGGUUGAUGCAGUGGAAGGAGCCGUAACUGUCCUGGAAAACGACCCAGAGUUCAACGCAGGUUGUGGGUCUGUCCUGAAUGUAAAAGGUGAUGUUGAAAUGGAUGCUAGUAUCAUGGAUGGGAGGGACCUGUCUGCAGGAGCGGUGUCUGCCGUGCGCUGUAUCGCAAAUCCCACUAAGCUUGCACGGCUUGUUAUGGAAAAGACACCUCAUUGCUUUCUGACUGGCCAUGGUGCAGAGAAAUUUGCAGCAGACAUGGGGAUUCCGGAGACUCCUGUAGAAAAACUGAUAACGGAGAGAAGCAAGAAGCACCUGGAAAAAGAGAAGCUUGAGAAGGGGGCCCAGAAAGCUGACUGCCCUAAAAACUCGGGAACCGUGGGUGCUGUUGCCUUGGACUGCAAAGGGAAUUUGGCCUAUGCCACCUCUACUGGAGGGAUUGUCAAUAAAAUGGUCGGCAGAGUUGGAGACUCGCCUUGCAUAGGAGCUGGAGGUUACGCAGACAAUAACAUUGGCGCCGUCUCAACCACAGGACAUGGAGAAAGUAUCCUGAAGGUGAAUCUGGCCAGACUCGCCCUCUUUCAUGUAGAGCAAGGAAAGACCGUAGAUGAGGCUGCUGAGUUGGCGUUGAAUUAUAUGAAGUCAAAGCUCAAAGGUCUAGGUGGCCUCAUCUUGGUGAGCAAAACAGGAGACUGGGUAGCAAAGUGGACCUCUGCCACCAUGCCCUGGGCAGCGGUGAAGAAUGGCAAGCUGCAGGCCGGCAUUGACCUUUGUGACACCAAGACCAUGACCAUUGACCUGUGCUAAAUCCCAGAAGAUUGUAAUCUGCUUGCUAACCUGGAAGUGAGGUUGAGCUGCCUGGUGUGGAGACCUAGCUCAAUCAAUUAGAUGUAGACAUGGAAAACUUACGCAGUCUGUCCCUCCUUUUGUUCCCUUGAUCAGUAAGGCAAUGAAUGUUUGGUUGAGGGUCAGAUUCUGAAGCCAUGAGAUGCCUGUGUUAAGACCAAUAAAGAUGGGAGCCUUAGGGAGCCCCUCUUUCCCAGUCUCCAUCGUGCAAGACUAGAAGGGAGCCGCUAGAUUUUGACCACAGAACUGCUUUGGGCCUGGGAGAACAGCAAACUUGCAGAGGCUAGCUUGGGAGGGUAUGGGAGGAAGCGCUGAAGAAAGGUGUUGGAGAGAAAGACCCAAGUCAGGUGAAGCUCAAAAUAUUGCAGAGUUCAUUCUGAGACACAAGAACACCUGGCGAGAUGUGCAGGGAGGAGUUCUUUUUCUGUGUGGGGGAUUGGAUCUUUCCAGAACAGAACACUCAAACUUCUCCAACACGUAUCUGGGUACUUGAGUCUCCAUGGUUGCCUGAAUUGUAGUCUAAUGAAGUCUGUGAAGUUUCUUAAUGUCAUGGGUUUUUUGUUUUUUGUUUUUUGUUUUUGUUUUUUUUUUUUUUGGCUCACAGGUGAGCUCCCAAAGCCAGCCCCACCUGACCCCAGUUCAAGUAGUCUUCACAUGGGCUUGGUUAGGCUCAUGACCUUUCCAACUUCUCCAGCAGCGGGUUGGCAGGUGGCUGGAGAGAUGACACUGACUCACUGAGGGAGUAGACUGCCAAUACUUGGGGACAGUCCCACACACGCUGAAUCAAAUGCUCAGGGGGUGAGAAUGACGCAGAGAGCAGGCUCCUCAAUGGAGAACGCCCCAUGCACUCAUCGUCACCCUGGAAAUGGCAUGUCUGCUGUGCUAUGUCGGCUCAGCUUUUUAGUCUAUCGGAGAUCCCCCUCUCUCUGGGAAGAAACUGGUUAACUUUAAAUCCCACAUGCCACUAAUAAAAUGUAUUUUUGAAAGAAUAAGUGUGGUUAGGUGUCACUGUUGACCAAGACCAGAACAGAUACAAGUCCCCCUCUUGGUCCCUCAGUGCAGGCAGGUAUAAGAGAUGAGGGGACCUUUCAAGGGUGGUAUGGAAGUGUGGUAUAUUCUGCCACGUGAAGUUCAGUGGGGACUUUUUUAGAAGCACUGAACUUGUUCUGAGUGUUUAGGGAGAAACAAAACUACCAUUUCCAAGCCUCAGCUAAACUCAUGACUCUCUCUGCCCAACGCUUUGCCCAGGUUCACAGCAGCUCCUGACCCAGGCCCCUCUGGUGAGCCUGAGGCUCUGCCAAUUAAGGAGAAGGGGAGGCCCUCAGAGUCAGAACUGAGCUUGCCGCUGCCCCUCCUCACUACCAGGGGACCCAGGGAAUGUUAACAUUCCAGAAUUUUUCAUCUAUGAAAAGCCUCUAGGACUCUGAAGUUUAAAACUUAGUGCAUCAUAAGGAUUCUCUGGACAAAUUUAGGAACUAUAGCCAGUCCCCAGUGUGAGGGCAGCUAUGCCUUUAUAAACCCCAAAGGCCCCAGCACGCAGUACCUGCUGAUGUAGCAGGAGGCGUUUUCUUAAGAAGCAUAUUUGUUUGCUAAUGCUGCUGCAACAAAAUGCCGUAGGCUGGGCGGCUUAAUUAUCAGAUUUUCUCAGUUCUGGACUAGAAAUUCAACAUCAAAAUAUGGGAUUUUUGUUUGUGUUUUGUUUUUGUUUUUUGCUUGUUUCUGGUUGGUUGGUUGGGGGGUGUUGUUUUGUUAGGGGUUUUUUGUAGUUUUUUUGAAACAGAAUCUCUCUGUAUAGUCCAAGCUCACCUUUGAGUUCUUAAUCCUUCAUCUUCAACCUCCCAAGAACAGAGACUACAGGCCUAUAAACAUGCACUACCCUGCCUGGCCACCUACUGUGAGGCUUUCUCUGAACACACAGAGCCCUCUUCUUACAGGGACACCAGUCACAUGAAUUCAGAUUUUCCCAAGCCCACAACACCCUCAUUUCAAGUUCAUCACUCCUUUGGUGUCCCUGUCCCCAGAUAUAAUCACAUUCUGAGUUACUGGGGAAGCAAGGGGCUUAGAGACCCAUCCUGUGAACUGAAGGAGUUACAGUAGACAAGCAGAACCUAGGGAGAUAAUAACAGCCACUGGAUACCUGGAAAGGGGGAUGGGAACAGAGGAGCCAAACGGAAGAUCUGACCUUGAGCGGCUGUGUUCUGCCACGCACAAGGAGGUAGCCCUGGUUAAAAGGCCACUCGAUCCUUUCCCACUCUGUAGCUUGCCUUUUUGUCUUCUUGACAGUGUCCAUUGUCUUACAGAAGUUUUUCAGUUUCAAGAGGUCCCAUUUAUUAAUUUGUUGAUCUCAGUGUCUUGCUACUGAUAUUCUAUACAGUUGUCUCCUGUGCCAAUGCAUUCACGAUCAAAAUAUAUAAAGAAUUCAAGAAACUUGACAUCAAAAAACCCAAUAAUUCAAUUAAAAAUGGGGUACAGAACUAAACAGAAUUCUCAAUAAAAGAAUCUCAAAUGGCUGAGAGACACUUAAAGAAAUGUUCAACAUCCUUAGCCAUCGGGGAAAUGAAAAUCAAAAUAACUCUGAGAUAUCAUUUUACAUCAGUCAGAAUGGCCAAGAUCAAAAGCACAAAUGACAGUUCACGCUGGAGAGGGUGUGGAGUGAGGGGAACACUCCUCCAUUCCUCCAUUGCUAGGGGGAGUGCAAACUUGUGCAGCCACUUUGGAAAUCAAUAUGGAGAAUUCUCAGAAAAGUAGGAAUCAGUCUACCUCAAGACCCAGCUAUACCACUCUUGGGCAUAUACCCAAGAUGUUCAACCAUUCCAUGAGAACAUUUGCUCAGCUAUGUUCAUGGCAGCUUAUAAUAACCAGAACCUGGGGGCUGGAGAGAUGGCUCAGUGGUUAAGAGCAUUGCCUGCUCUUCCAAAGGUCCUGAGUUCAACUCCCAGCAACCACAUGGUGGCUCACAACUAUCUGUAAGGAGAUCUGGCCCCCUCUUCUGGCCUUCAGGCAUACACACAGACAGAAUAUUGUAUACAUAAUAAAUAAAUAUUAAAAAAAAAUAAUAACCAGAACCUGGAAAAAAACCUAGAUGCCCCUCAACCAAAUAAUGGUACAUUUAUAUAAUGAAGUAUUACUCAACUAUUAAAAACAAUGACAUCAGGAAAUUUGAAGGUAAAUGGGUUGAACUAGAAAAAAAAUCCUGAGUGAGGUAACUCAGACCCAGAAAGACAAGCAUGGUAUGUACUCACUCAUAAGUGGAUAUUAGCUAUAAAGUAAAGGACAACCAUGCUACAGACCCAGAGAGGCUAGGUAACAAAGAGCGCCCAAGGCGGGAUGCAUGGAAUUCCCUGGGAAGGGGAAAUAGAAGAGCUCUCCUGUCUAGACUAGGGACUGGUAGAGAUGGAAACAUGAGGGAUUGGGUUGGGGAGAUGGAAAGGAGGGAAUAAUGAAAGACAUGUCUUGAUGAGGGGGAGGGAAAUUUUCCACAAAUUUACAAGGAACUGACUUUCUCCUGUAAUCAGAUUGGUAACUACCCCAAUUAUCAUCAGAGAGGCUUCAUCUAGUGACUGAUGGAAGCAGAUGCAGAGAUCCACAGCCAAGCACUGCGCCGAGCUCAGGGAAUUCUGAUGAAGAGAGGGCAGAAGGAUUGUAGGAGACACGGUAGUCAAGGUCAUCACACGAGGGAGCCCACAGAGGCAGCGAACCUGGGCUCCUGGGAGCUCACAGCUGGGUAGCCUGCCUGGGACUGACCUAGGCGCUCUCCGUGUGUGUGUGUGUGUGUGUGUGUGUGUGUGUGUGUGUGUGUGUGUGUGUGUGUGUGUUGUGAGACUCCUGGCUCUGGCUUCCAGGCUUUUCCUCGUACAGGGUUGCCUUUCCCAGCCUUUGCUUUCUUUGUUGGCCCCCAUGGGAGGCCUUCUCCUUUAUGAACAUAAACAGGAGGGGUGGAUGGGGGAAUUAAAGGAGAGGAGGGAGAGGCGACUGCAGGAGGGAUGUAAAAUAAAUGAAUAAAUUAAUAAAAUAAAAGACCACUAGAUACUCGGCUGUGAUUCUUGGGCUAAGCAACUGUGAUCCUGGGGUGCCUGAUGGUCAACCCCUUUGUGUAAAAUCCCAGUGUGUAUUUUUGCCUUGAGACCUUGUUU